AUGCGGAGGAGGCGGCGCUGGCGCGUCGGCGAGUCGACCGGCGGCGGCGGGGACUUGCAGCGGCGUGUCGAUCAGCUGGAGGCGAGCCUCGGCGCCGCGACCGAGGGUAGCCUCGAGGAGCGGGUCAGCGCCAUCGAGCGCUUGAUCGGGCCAGAGGCGGCAGAGGCGGCGGAGCAGCAGCUGCCAGUCACUGAGCCGUUUGCUGCCGUCUCACUAGCGGACGCCGGCCUCGACACGGGGCGGCCAGCUGCCCCCGAGUCCACCAUGGGGGGUGAGACGUCGUGCAUCAUAUGCUUCGAGCGGCCGAAGUCUCACCUCGCGGUGCCGUGCAGCCACUUGUGCGUCUGCGGUCCAUGCUCCGGGCUGAUGCGAGAGUGCCCGUAUUGCCGCGAGCCGGUGAUGAUGUGGCUCGCCCCGCGACCCGUGUGA